GGGGAGUGUGCGAUUUAAUUCUUUACGACGAAAUUCCGAAGAUUUUCCUGCCUCAGCGUUACUAGAAAUCACAGAUCGAAUGCGCAGUCAUGCAUUUUUCCAUCCCCGAUACAGAGGAAUGUAAAGACGAGGGCGGUACGGCCUUCACGUCAUACAAUCUAUACAUCAAUGGAGUUUAUCAUUGUCAACUUAGAUACAGACAGCUUCAUCAAUUUCAUGAACAGAUGAAGAAAGAGUUUGGUGUUCAGAAUCUGCCCCAGUUCCCUCCUAAAAAACUUCUGUCUCUGUCUCCAUUACAAAUAGAGGAGAGAAGAAGCAUGCUGGAACGUUAUGUACAAUUACUAAGUCAAGAUGUCAAGAUUUGUAACAGUGAUAUUUUUAAUGGAUUUUUACUGAACGCACAACAGGAGACUCAGAAAGAGGCUCCGGAGAAAGUUACGCUAAAUGUAUUUUUAAUGAAUGGUCAUAAAAUUACAGUGAAUAUCAACUCGACGGAUCAAACAGAUGAUGUUUUAGAGUGUGUAGCAGGUGAAAUUCACAUCCCUGAUGAUUUUGUUUAUUAUUUUGGUUUAUAUUUAGUGAAGAAAGAACAUGGUGGAGAAAAUUCUAUUGUUAGAAAGUUACAAGAAUUUGAAUCACCGUUUAUUUCAUUACGUUCAGCUAAUAAAGACUGCGUUCAUAGAAUAGUUUUACGUAAAAGUUAUUGGGAUUCAAGUUUUGAUGAUGAGUUGUUAGAUAACAAAAUUACCAUGAACUUACUCUAUGUACAGACGUUAAAUGAUAUAGAAAGACAGUGGAUUUUAGCAUCAAAAGAUCAAGUGAAACAUCUUGCUUCUUUACAGGAACGUGGAUCAAAAAAAGAGUAUGUAAGAUUUGCUAGAACAUUACGAUAUUACGGCUAUCUACAGUUUUUACCGUGUUUCACUGAUUACCCCAAACCAAACUGUCGUGUUUUGAUAGCAGCUGGAAAUAAAGAAUUAAAUUUUAGAAUUCAAGUUGAUGAUGAGAUAAAAGAGGGUAGUUUUAGUAUAACUAGAAUGAGGUGUUGGAGAAUUACUACUACUUUGUCAGAUGAUGAGAAUGGUAGUACAGGAAGUUCACGGAAACAGAAAUUAGAAUUAUCCUUUGAAUAUUUAAUGUCUAGAGAAACGUUAAAAUGGGUGACGAUUACCAGUGAUCAGGCAAUGUUGUUAAGUAUGAGUCUACAGAAUAUGGUGGAUGAAUUACUGAUGAAGAAACAGGCUAGAAAAUUGAAACGAGAUAAAUUAACGAAAGGUGGAAAAUCUGCUGAAAAUGGUGUCACAGAAAAUAGUGUGUUUGGUGGAAUCGGUGAUGAUGAUUUGUGAUUGGUUGAUUUGUAUUGAUGAUGCAAUUUGAUUGGAUGAUUGUUCUGAUUUGAACCAAUCAGUACUUGCCAAUGAGUUUCUAAAACAUUGCCUCAAUUACAUUCUAUAUUUGAAUCAAUUUGAUUGGAUGAUUUCAUUGAAUGUUGACCAAUAGUAAUGAUUUGUUGAAAUUUGAAUGGUGAGACGAUGAAAGGAGAGUUAUUACAAGGGGUAUCACAAUCGAAGUAUUCUAGAUUUUUAAAACUUACUUGCCAUAGAAUAAUGACAGUAAUUAUGACAACUGUUAGAUGUCCUGACUCUUGUGUAUAGUUGUCAAUAAUGGAAGUGGUCAUGACUUCCCGAACACAAUUUAUAUCUUAGUUACAUGAGAGUUGCGUUCGUAACUUAUAACCACUAUUCUUAUAUACAACUAUACACAACUAGUGAUCGCUAUAGUCUGAAGACUGAAUCUGUAUUGUAGCAACACUAAAUAUUAUACUUUAUCACAAUGGCUAUUUAUACUGUCAUGAUGAGUGUUCUCUAUGUCUGCUAACAAUGAUACGGUACAUUGGGCAAGCUAGUUUUCGUGGAGUUUUUUAAGCAUGAAGUCAUUUUGAUUGUCAAGAAUGAUAUUAAGUAACUUUGCUAGAGUUAGGUAGGGAUGGCUAAAUGUUUUUUAAUGCCCAUUUCUGUACCAUCACAGUGCCAAUAGGCACAGCCUUUCUUUUUAUUGAUCAAAAAUAUUAUUUUAGUAU